AUCUCAUGGUACUCUUCAAACAUCGGUGUUCUUCUCCUCAACAAGUUUCUCCUCUCAAAUUACGGAUUCAAAUUCCCGAUUUUCCUCACAAUGUGUCACAUGUCCGCUUGCGCUAUCCUUAGCUAUAUCUCCAUCGUCUUCCUCAAGCUUGUUCCUCUCCAACAUCUCAAAUCUCGUUCCCAAUUCCUUAAGGUUGCUACUCUCAGCAUCGUCUUUUGUGCUUCCGUCGUCGGUGGUAACAUCUCCCUUCGUUACCUUCCCGUCUCUUUCAAUCAAGCUGUUGGUGCUACGACACCGUUUUUCACCGCUCUGUUCGCUUAUCUUAUGACCCUUAAGAGAGAAGCUUGGGUUACUUAUGGUGCUCUCGUCCCUGUCGUUGCCGGUGUCGUCAUCGCCAGUGGGGGUGAGCCAGGAUUUCACUGGUUUGGGUUCAUAAUGUGCAUUAGUGCUACGGCUGCUAGAGCCUUUAAAUCUGUUCUUCAAGGCAUCUUACUUUCUUCAGAGGGGGAAAAAUUGAACUCAAUGAAUUUGAUGUUGUAUAUGUCUCCGAUAGCAGUCAUUGCUCUUCUUCCCGUCACGCUAUUUAUGGAACCAGACGUGAUCAGUGUGACCUUGACGCUAGCAAAACAACAUCAGUACCUGUGGAUACUUCUUCUGGUUAACUCGGUAAUGGCUUAUUCAGCCAAUUUGUUGAAUUUUCUGGUUACCAAACACACAAGCGCUCUCACCCUCCAGGUUCUUGGAAAUGCUAAAGGAGCAGUUGCAGUGGUGAUUUCGAUCUUGAUCUUUCGAAACCCGGUUACGGUUAUGGGAAUUGGCGGGUACUCCAUAACCGUCCUUGGGGUGGUUGCUUAUGGAGAGACAAAACGCAGAUUUAGAUGAACUUUGUCAGACAUUAGCGAGGGACUCAUCCUUAGGACCUGAAAUAUUUGGG